CAGAAAUGAAACAUCUGGCACCUCAAAAAGAACCAGAUCUUCCCUCCCUCCGUACGCACAGGUGUUCGUCUCCUAGCUUCCAACCACAACAACAACAACAACUAUGCUUGCCUUCUCAGUUCUCUCUUUCUUCAAAAUUAAAAAAAAAAAUUAAAAUCAUAAGUACCAGAUGCGCACGAUAGCAUUGAGAACUGGGUCGUUUUUAUUUUUUUUGUUUUUGAAGAUUUCUUCGAAAAAUGCGUAGAUUUCCUUGUCUUCAGUUGAAAAACCUGACGAUUACGAAUUCUGACACUUUUCCAGAAAGGAUAAAAAAAAAAAAAAGGAAAAAAGAGAGAGUGACAGUGCGUGUGUUAGCAACAAUUACCAGUCACCUUUCUUCCAGGCUCAUUUUAGCCACCUGUCUGUUUCCUUUCUUUUUGUUUUCCUGUCGUUUCGCCAUUUCUGAUUUCUCUCUUAUUAUCUCUCAUUUCAAGCUCUCUUAUCUUAAUUAAUUCUAGAAUCGCCAUUAUCGGGCAUUUUCAAAGCUCAUGCUCUCAUUUUCUAAUUACAGUUGACACCAGAAAGUUUUGUAUAUAUUUCUGGGAAGGGAGUUUAUAAUAACGUGGCAAUGCGGGGACGAUACGUUGAUGCCAAUUCCAUAUACAAGCGUAGUACCAGAGACAAUACUAUCAAUGCCUAUGACAAAGAACAAGGUUCAGUACGUUUGCCGAAUGGAGUGGGCAAAGAUAUUGGAAACCCUUCUUGGCAGAGAUCAUUCCCGCAUAUACUCGUGGCAACCUUGUCUUCCUUCUUAUUUGGUUACCGUCUAGGAGUGGUUAAUGAAACGCUCGAAAAUAUUUCACAUGACCUUGGUUUUCAUGGGAAUACCAUGGCCGAAGGUCUGGUUGUAAGCACAUGUUUAGGGGGUGCCUUUGUUGGAUCUCUGUUCAGUGCUUUGAUUGCAGAUGGGGUUGGGCGUUGGAGGGCAUUCCAGCUAUGUGCUUUAUCUAUGAUAAUUGGAUCUUCAAUGAGUGCAACAGCAAAAAACCUUUGGGGCAUGCUUCUAGGGAGGUUAUUUGUUGGGACUGGGAUGGGUAUUGGUCCACCUGUUGCAGCUCUUUAUGUGACAGAGGUUUCUCCAGCUUAUGUAAGAGGUACAUAUGGAAGCUGCACUCAAAUUGCCAAAUGCCUGGGAUUGAUGGGUGCUCUAUUUAUUGGAUGCCCUGCUAAGGAAACUGAGGGUUGGUGGCGUAUUUGCUUCUGGGCAUCUGCUGUUCCUGCUACUAUACUUGCUCUUUUUAUGGAGUUUUCUGCCGAGAGUCCCCAUUGGCUUUUCAAGAGAGGAAGAGGUGCUGAAGCUGAAGCUGAGUUUGAGAAACUUUUGGGAGGACCUUAUGUCAAAGGUGAAAUGGCUGAAUUGUCAAAGUCAGAGAGAGGGGAUGAGAUAGAUACAGUCAAGUUCUUAGAGCUACUUUAUGGCCAUCAUCAUAAAGUUGUUUUCAUUGGGUCUACCCUUUUUGCUUUACAACAGCUCUCUGGAUCAUUUGUUGCAUUGUUUUUUAUGGAUAAACUGGGGAGGAAGGUACUCCUCAUUGGAAGUUUUUCAGGCAUGGUAGUGGCAAUGGGUCUUCAGGCAACUUCAGCUAGUUCCUUAGUCUCGAGCAGCAAUGAAGUUUAUCUCUCUGUUGGAGGCAUGCUGUUGUUUGUCUUGACCUUUGCGUCUGAUGCUGGACCAGUCCCUGGUCUCCUCCUAUCAGAAAUGUUUCCUGGUCGGAUUAGGGCAAAGGCAAUGUCAGUUUGCAUGGCUGUCCAUUGGGUGAUAAAUUUCUGUGUUGGUCUGUUGUUCUUGUGGUUACUGGAGCAGAUUGGACCAUUUGUCCUGAAUACAAUUUUUGCCACCUUUUGUUUGCUAGCGGUAAUUUUCGUGAAGAAAAAUGUGUUGGAAACUAAAGGAAAAUCACUUCAAGAGAUUGAAAUUGCACUUCUUCCACCAGAAUAGAGUUUAAAUUAGU